AAAACGACGAGCCCCAGCACUUUUGCUUCGACAACCAGCCGCAAAGCACCAGCAUCGUGCAACAUACAAUCAUGAGUCUCACGUACGGAGUCGGAGGAAUCGGGUCGUUUCUGACCGUGGUGGGAGCUUACAUGCUCUUCACCGGCAGCGGCGAGUCGUUCAACGUUGGCGCCUUUCUCGAGUCCGUAUCGCCCUACGCCUGGGCUAGUUUCGGCAUCUCCCUCUGCAUCGGCCUCUCUGUCGUCGGUGCCGCCUGGGGCAUCUUCAUUACCGGAUCCUCCAUCCUCGGCGCCGGCGUCAAGGCCCCCCGAAUCCGAACUAAGAACCUCAUCUCCAUCAUCUUCUGCGAGGUCGUCGCCAUCUACGGCGUCAUCAUGGCCAUUGUCUUCUCCUCAAAGGUCGAGGCUGUCCACGGCGCCGAGCUCUACUCUGCCGACUCCUACUUCACUGGCUUCGCCCUCUUCUGGGCCGGUCUGACUGUCGGCGCCUGCAAUCUCGUCUGCGGUGUUGCCGUUGGCAUCAAUGGCAGUGGAGCUGCGCUGGCUGAUGCAGCUGAUGCCUCAUUGUUUGUCAAGAUUCUCGUCAUUGAAAUCUUCAGCUCUGUCCUGGGACUUUUCGGCUUGAUCAUCGGACUGCUGGUUUCUGAAAAGGCUCCCGCCUUUGGCGCCAAGCCCGUCUGAGCGCGCGAAUCAGGGGACCGUCGAAAGAAUUUCACACUUUAUAUCACACAGCCUAUCACUUGUCUCUGUGUUGCACCCCUACUUUCUCUCCCCGUGAUGGGCAGAGAGGAAUCCCGACAUAUGCAUUGCGACGAUAGCUUUUGGUUGGGCGUUUGGAAGAUUGGGCUGUAGAACGAUGUUUAAUUUUUUAUCUUUUUUUUUUUUGUU